CGUUUCAUGGGGCUUUUUUCUUACUCGCUUCAUAACCAAGAAAGCUCUCUAGUCAAGAAUCUUAAGACAGAUCUGUGCUCGGUUUAUGUUCAAGAGCGGGUUCGAUAACCUUUAAGAUCUUUCAUCAAAUUAUUCCCACAUCACUUCAAUUUCAAGAAACUCCGAGGGAGAUGGGGAAACUGUCUCUCUCCUGCUCCACUUCGAACAACAAACGAAAACUACAAGGUUAGGAGCUGUGUCCCAAUCGAGCCGUCGUCCUCCUCCGCCGCCGCGAGAAGAAUGUCUUUGCUCUCAUCCGAAACAGUGGUUUUGCAGGAUAAAUUUUCCAUACGCGUCUCGUGCCACUACCGGGCGGCGCUACAAUUUUUCGUCGCGGUGGGCGAAAACGUCCUUUUUCCGCCAGUAUCUUCUGUCGUCCCCCCUGUCGUUUUAAAGGGUCGUUGCAACAGUUCCUCCGAGGUCAAGUAUGAAAGAAUUAGGGUCAAUGGGACAUGAAUUACUUGUUUAAACGGAGGAUUGCACAUUUUCAACUGAAAAGGGCACGUUUCUCUGUAUAAAACAAAACCCACCUGGUUAUGCAUUGCAUAUAGCAGCUCGACUACACGAAUGGCUUCACAUUCAUUUUCGUUGAUUCUUCUCCAUGCUUUUCUCUUGCUGUUGCUUCACCUAGCCUUGCCAUACUACAAUGCGGCCGCGAAACAUGGCCACUACCCCGGCCGACACUAUCGGCACCAGUCUCACCAUCCCCACGUGUCCAACCCCAGGCUCCACCAAGCCUACAUUGCCCUUCAAGCGUGGAAACACGUGAUCUACUCAGACCCGCAUAACUUCACCACCAACUGGUCUGGUCUGUCUGUCUGCAGCUACACGGGUGUUUAUUGUGCGGCAGCACUCGAUGAUCCCAAAAUCCGGGUGGUGGCCGGUAUCGAUCUAAACCGGGCUGACAUAGCUGGGUUACUCCCGGAAGAAUUAGGCCUUCUGACCGACCUCGCUCUCCUCCAUUUGAACAGCAACCGGUUCUGCGGAAUACUGCCGCAAACUCUAGCGAAUCUCGCACUUUUGUAUGAACUUGAUCUCAGCAACAACAGGUUUGUGGGACCUUUUCCUUCGGUCGUUCUCUCCAUGCCUUCUCUUCAUUAUCUCGACAUUCGCUACAACGAAUUUGAGGGGUCAUUGCCUCCAGAACUCUUCAAGAAAAGCCUAGAUGCGUUGUUCGUCAAUAACAACUGGUUUACAAAUUCCUUACCUGCAACUUUGGGCCAGACUUCGUCUUCAGUUCUCGUGCUGGCGAAUAACAACUUCAGUGGUUGCUUGCCACCCAGCAUAGCUAACUCUGCUGAUACUCUGGAGGAGUUGCUUCUGAUCAACGUUAGUUUGUCGGGGUGUUUGCCUCCCGAAGUCGGGUUUCUGUAUAAACUGCGAGUGUUGGAUGUGGGCUUGAAUAACAUCGAAGGUCCUAUACCCUACAGCAUCGCGGGACUGGCGCAUCUGGAGCAGCUAAACCUAGGACACAACAUGAUGAUGGGCAUCGUGCCUUCGGGCGUGUGCAUCUUGCCGAGCCUGGCGAACUUCACUUUCUCUUACAACUACUUCUGCGAAGAGGAAGGGAUAUGCAUGAACUUGACGUCGAAGCACAUAGCCUACGACGAGAGCCAUAACUGCUUGCCUGAGAAGCCGUUCCAGCGGAGCAAGAAGGAAUGUCAAGCCGCCCUCGAGCACCCGGUGGACUGUUUCCAGCAUCCGUGCACGGGCGGUUCCCGCGGUCUGCCUGCUUUCGCUCCUGCGGGAGUCCCGGCAGCAGCUCCUCUGCCUUCAUCACCCUCUCCAUCUCCAUCUCUUUCUCCUUCUCCUUCUCCUUCUCCUUCAAGUCACUCCUAGUUUACUUUCAGACUUGGGGUUAGACAUAUAUGGCACUGUAUAUGCUCUGGAUGUUAUGUAUGUAUGUAUUACAUCACUUUCACAAGUUCAUGAAAAAUCCAAUUUGUG